AUGCAACUUUUGCACGAGCACUCACCAAUGGUUGUUUUACGCGAACUUAGCAACAUCAACAGCAUGGCCAUACGAGACGCGUCAUCGCACAUUGAGAUGAAGGAGAAGAGGUCUUCCAACGCAUCGCUGAUGAUGAUGAAUCCUGUGGCCAGUGGGGACAAUAUGGCAAUCGAUAUCAAUAUGGCGCAAAAAAUAGAAGAACUCCCUCCGCUCGUGCCGUGCUGCGAAGGAAGGGAACUGCAGAUAAACGAAGAGAUAGUUCGCAGCGGUCUGUCGGCAAUAUCAGUGAAGCACGACAGCGUUAUACACUGCAUGAGUAUGUCGUGCGCGUGUGAAAGGAUGCAGGUUCCUCCAGGACUUGUCAAGCAUCGCAAUUCGUUCAGAAGCCUCCACAGACCGGACCUCAAGCGAGUGCCGUAUUUGCGACGGAUGACUCCUGAUGAAUUAGAAACACUGUUUCGUGGUUACGCCGAAUUCCAUUUGAAAACUACCCCCAAAAUGAAAAUCGAUCCUAAGGAAGAUAGUACACAAAUAAUUCCUCGAGACGAAAAUCUGAAAAAGGACAUAAAAGAAACACCAACGACGGUCCACGACAAUGGUGCGGGGCGGGCGGGGCGGGCGGGGCUUGCGGGCGGCGCGGAGGACGUGCCGGCGGGCAAGCGGCUGCACGGCGCGCGCGCCCGCCUCUACACCUCCGUGCUCGCCGCCGCCACGCCCGGAGACCAGCUCGACAACGCGUCCGCUAUCGAGGAGUGGGAGCCGGCGGUGGCGGAGGAGCCGCUCCCCGAAGACGAGAUACAGCUGAACGAGGAACUGCAGAUCAUUUUGCCGCCGCGGCCCGAUGACGUCACGGCCGAAUCCUCCCUCGCCGCCUCCAUACAGAACCAAUGAAACUCAGCCGAAAAACACGACACCGAGUCGCGAAACUUUACCACUAUUCCAGAAAAACCAUCGUCAAAUUGCUCAUGUACGUUGAUUGGAUCAUAAACGAUUUCUUUCGAAGGACUUAAAUAAAAACGACCCCCGUCAAGUGUGAGUUUAUAUUUGAAUAACCUUCCUACAAUAUUUAUACAGCGGACUGUAACUCCAUACAACCGAUACAUCGUUGAAGUGAAAACAUAAAUUAUAUUAUGGAAUAUUUUACAUCUCGAAUGCUAAAUCAAGUUAAUUGCACUUCAAUCGAAUAGUCUAGAAUCAUUUGUAAUCUAGGAAUUCUUAGACGCCACAUAUCGGCAACUGGUUCAUAAAAACGUAUAUCUUCGUACAUACAAUAAUAUUAAAAUCGGACAUAAAAAUCAUUGUAAUUGCAAGAAAGCAUAUAAGGUUGUAUGAUUCCUAUAAACGAGCACGCAAAUAUACGUUUCAAUGAACUUUACAUUGUUAUUAUUCAUAAUUAUUCUCAAUUUUAUACAUUAAAUUAAACAGUCCAAAACGAGUAUAUGAGAAAACGCACCUUCUAUGCGCUGUCCGAACUAGUGAAGCGCUUACAAAUGUGGAACGGUUAUAAAAAUCAUCAUAACAUAAAACAUGUAUUAAAAAAAUAUAGAAUUCCCUUAGAAAUAAACAUAACAACUGCUGUAAAGAAACGAUAACAGAACUGUAGCUUCGCGAAAUACGGUGAGAUUGAAUUAAAUUUCUUACAAUUUCUUACAUACAUCUUAGUCGUAAUUGACCAGCCAUAAGCGACUUAUAAAGAAUAAGCUAAUGUGAUGUCAUCAUUAUUUGAUUGUUCGUAUUAAAAAUAAAUAAACGGGUUUCAUAUGAUAACGGAAUGGUUGGUACAGUGAAUGUAUCUUCAGUUUAUUGUAAAGGGCUGGUCCCGUUAAAUUCUAACCACACAAAGCUGAAAGCGGAUAAGCGAAGUAGCUUUAAUACAUUUUAAAGAUUUGAACAAAAUGCAU